AUGUAAUAAUGCUUUGAAAAGGAGCUAGAUAGAGGAUUAAGUGAAGAUUAGAAAGCAGGUUUUAUAAUGUAAUAAUAAAUAAGCCAGGAAUCAAAUUAAAUAACUUAAAGCAGGAUGAAUCGAGAUAUUUCAUUAUUCAGAAGGACUUUUUUUCAGAUUUUUAUGAUUACUUUUAUUCCCAUGUUAAUAUAAAUUAUCUUCACUAUCCUAUCUAGAUAUAUUUUAAAGCAAUUUAGUGACUCCCUCAUACAAGAGUUUGGCAACAACCUUUAUUAGUAGUAAAAAAUGUUCUCAAAGAAGUAAAAUGGUGCAAUUAUAACACAGUUUAACAAUCAAAUAUAGUAAAAGUAUUGGGAAAUAAAUCUUAUGUUAGCUUUUUAUAAGAAAACACUUGAUGGGUAGGAAAUUUUUGAUGGUAGAUACAGACCAGCCUUACUAAACAUUCAAAGAACUUUUAGAGAUUUAGAAAAUUUAGAAACAAUCAAAUUAUAUCUAUAAAACAAAAUACUCACCUCCAGUUGGAACCACAAGAAUAUUACUUAACUGUAAUACUUAAACUAAAAAUCUAGAUAAUAAUUAAAAGACAUAACACAUCUAGAUCCACUCAUAAAGUCAAUACAAUUCGAAAAUAAUUAAUAGAGAUAAGGAAAUGAUUAAAAAAUAAAAUUUUAAGAUAUCAUAUUUGGAUUUUAAUUAGAUGGAAUGCUUUAUUAAACUAGUACAAAUACAACUUAUAGUUAACUUAAUUAAGAUCAAAGCUGCGAGCCUGGAAUUUACAAGCCUGAUACCAGGUGUCAAUUUUGGUAUAAAUAGACAUUUAAUGAUCCCUUUUUAAAGGUUUUCCCUCCUUUGUUAUUCUAUGAUGAUUAAAAAUACCCCUAUUUUGCUAGCGUCCUUUGCAAAAGAAAUUUGUAUAAUAAAUAAAUUUAGUCUGUUUUGUGUUUAACAAUAAAUUUAUUGCAAGUAUUUAACUUUUUCAAUGAAUAUUUAAUGAGUCAAUCUACUUUUAUAACAGUUAAUCCAGAAACUUAUGGAUUAGUCUACCAUUCAGGAUUGUAAAAUUAAACAAAUUACUUUCUGAAUUCUGGAAAUUUAAGCUAAGUUCAUGGAAUGGAAGAUUAUUUAAAUUAAGUUUAGGCUGAUUUCUUAAAUAAUUUGAUAAAUGAAAUUAAGUCAAGGUAUCUAAUUUUUCAUUCAGAAUUGAAAGAUUAAAUUACUUUGACUGAGCUUUUUGAUGAAAGUUAAUUCUAAAAAACAUUCGAAUACCAAUAUUAAUAAAAUGAAUAUUAUGUAAUCUUAAAUGUUAUUAGAUCUGUGGAUAAAUCAAUAAUUUAUCCUCAAUCAAGACCUCAAGACAGUUAUAUGGCAAAUGAUAAAUCAAAAUAAGACGGAACAAUUAAAUAUAAAAUAAAAAACGUUUAUUUAUUUAUAGAAAUAUUAUAAAAAAAUUUACUUACAAAAAAAUAAAUUGAGCUAACUAAUGAAUUAGAUCAGUAGCUAUUACCUAUAAGUAUAAUAAUUUAUUGUGUUUUUACUAUAUUUUUGUUUGUAUUUGCUUACUACUCUUGCUUUUUAGGGAACUUAAUUGACACACCUAUAGAACAUUUAACUAAAAUAUUGGAAAUGAUUAAAUUCGAUGAAAAGAAACUUAAUCCAAAGGUCAUGCAGAUGUUCUAAUUAGAUCAAAUAUUUCACCUUGAUAGAGAGAUGUCGUCUCAAAAUUAAGAUGAUGAAUAAGAAGAAGAUUAUGAGAGGAAUGAAAAUUUAGAUGAAAUGGACUCAUAAAGUAACCAUAGUAAUUAUAAAAAGAAAAAAGAAUUUUUUUUUCAUGCAGAAGACAUGAAAAUUCUAUUUAUGAGUUUUCAAAGUUUAUUUCAGACUCUUAAUUUUACCUUAUAAAAUUUUUUUGAUGUAAAUGAUGAAGGUUGCUCAACUUUGCUUAAGCUGAAUUAGUAAGCCUACCACUUUAAUAGGUUUAAUAAUUAUCGAGCUCUUGGAGUAUUGCACAAUAAUAUGGGAAAUAUUCACCUUAAUAAUAGAAGAUUUAAGGAGGCAGUUGAAUGUUAUUAAAAAGCUAUUAUUUGCUCUAAUUAUGAAUUAUCCUUUUACGAGGAAAGUAUGAGCAAAAAAGAGAAGAAAAAAUACAACUUAAAAACCCAAAAUACUUUAAUUAAAGGAAAUUAAUCUGAAAAGAAAAAUUAAUCUAUUUUAUGUAGAGUUCUAGAUAAAAUUUCCAAGUUUUUCUACAAAAAUUCAAAUGAUAAAUUUAGUUAAAUAUUGAAUUAAAAUAAUAAAAGAAACAGUGUGACCUAGAGAAAAAGUAUUUAGACUAUCAAAUCCGUUCAGUAGCACGUUAAAUCAAAAAAUGAAUUAGAAGCAUGGACACAAAAGCAUGAUAAUAAUGAUUAAAAUAAGUUAAAUUUUGAAAACAACUUUUUGAAAGUCGAAACUUAAAAUGUGAAUAGCAAUUAGCUGAAUAGUCAUAGCAAUUUGUACGAAUCUUCAUGUUAAAAAAACAAAGUUAAAAAUGAAUUUAAUUAACCUUAGGUGGUGAAGUAGAAAAUUUAAAAUGACUCGUUUGACUCAAAAAACCAACAAAAUAACAGUUUUUUACCGACUAAAAAUAAUAGGCAAAAAAGCACAUACUUCCCAUCAAGUUUCAAUAAUAAUUAUAAAUCAGAAAAAACUGAAAAAAAAGAAGUUCAUGAAGAUAAAGAGGAACUAUUUUGGAAUCUAUUUAAUAGAAAAUUUAAUCUGACCAAAGCUCUUUUACAAUAUUUUCUUUUUUACAAUUUCAACAAAGAGUACAUUUGGGAUGGAAUUUCUUGCUAUUUUGAAGAAUUGCUUGAAAUAAAUAGGAAAUACUUGAAUAACAAGAAGGAAUGCACAUUUAUUGUUAAUUUUUAUUAUAUUUCCUUUCUCAUUUUGAUAAAUGACGUCUCACUAUCUAAAGAGAAACAAAAAGAAAAUUUAAAUAUAUUCUAUGAUAUUUCUAAUAAUAUUCUUGAUAAGAUAGAAAUUUUUUAGAAAGAUUAAAGAUAAAAUACAUUCAAAAAUUAAGUUUAUCAAGGUCAUCAAAAAAAAAUAAAGAAAAAUAUGACAUUUUUACAAAAAAUAAAUAGAGAGACCUUAUUUUAAUUUAACGAUUAAUACAUAAAUGAUAAUAAAUAGGAAUAAAAAAAUAAUUAAAAAUUGAAUGAUCAUAAUAAUAAUUAAUUAUCUAGUAUCUUUUCAUAAGAGAGCUUAGAAGAAUUAUUACACAAAAAGAAAUAUUAGAAAUAAUUUUUUAAUGUAAGAUAAUGGAAAUUUAACAAAUUUGAAUAUACAGAUAUUUAUUCGAAUGUGUAUUAUGUACUUGAUCAGUAUUAUAAUGGACUGAAAUACCUCUACAAUAAGGACAAUUAUUUAAUGAAUCAAUAAAUACAUCCUAAAUUGGAAAAUAUGAGUAAAAGGUAAUAUUAUUAGCAAUAGAAAUCUCACUAAAGGAGUUCGCAUUCCCCUGAAAAUAGAAGGUAGAAUACAACUAUAUAGAUUAACUCAACAAAAAAUCAGAUAAAUACCAGAGUUAAUUCUAUUUAAAAUAAUGAUUAAAAACUUUAGCCUUUAUCAGUUUAAGAAAAUAGAUAUCAUCAAUAAUUCCCUGAUUUAUAAAAUAAUUAAGAUUCAAAAAAUAAAAAAAUUAAUUCAAUAGACAACAAUUAAUUAGAAAAUAUCCCAGUUUUGGAAAAGUAAAUAUCUAAAAAUAACACAGUCUAUUCAAAUAAUCGUUCAAGCUUUUAUCAAAACGAAUUCCAAAGUCAACAAGUUAACAACGGGGUUUUCUAAAACUCAGCUAUUUCCAAAACUAAUAUGUAUGAAUAAAAAAUUGCAAAAAACAACUCUUUAAGUACAAGAGAUGCUCCAAGAUUAACAAUUUAAAAUAAUAUCAGAUUCCAAUAGCAUUCUGUCUACAGCACAACUGGAAUAAAUCAAUAAAUCCCAAAUAAUAAACAAAUAAAUUUUAACAAUGCUAAUUACCGAAACGAUAAUUAAGAAUUAAAUUACUCCUUCAAUAACAACAAAGAUUAAAAUGAAAGCCAACAAAUAUAAGACUAACCUAGCAAAAACAAUAGCAUACAAAUAAAUAAAAAGUAAAAUUUAACCAAAGAAUUAAGCAAUUUAAGUAAUAGCAUAACGAUUUAACUAAGUAACAAGCAUAAUUAUGAUAGCUAAAAAAGUGAAGUAAAUGAAGACAUCAAGAACAUCAAUCAGCAAAUAAAUUUAAAUAACUUACCUAUAAAAAUAUCAUAACUUCAAAUGAUUUUGGAUUUAGACUCAAUAGCUAAGUAUGAGUAUACUCCAGAUCUACUGUGUGGUUUUCUAAUUUAUACCUAAAGUCUUAUUUUCUAAUCAGAAAGGAAUUUUUAAGAAGCAAUAGGUAUAAUGACUGAUUAUUUUGAAGAAACAAAAUUUGUAUCAAGAUAACUCAGAUAUUAUUUGCUUAGUAUGCUUUACAAGAUUUCAUUUAAAAUACCUAAAUUGAUUCAGCCAAUAUAAUAAAUGAAGAUUAUUUAUGAUUUUAAAAUUGACUUUUCUAUUGGAGUUAUUUCAACAUGUAAAAUUACAAGCUAACUCAAAAAAACUAGAAUACUAAUUGAUGUCCUUUUGAAUGAAAUUCUAAAUAUUUCUAAUAAUGAUUAAUUUGGUCUUAUAUGCUAAUAAAGUAAAAAUUAAAUGAUAACCUUUGAUGAAAUUAUCUCUAUGGUUUCAAUUUAGCAGAUUAAAUCGGCUUAAAAGUAAUAUUUAGAUCACUUAAACUCAUAUAUCCCCCAAUAAUUUAACUUACUAAGUUCCUCCUGCUUAUUUGAUAAUAACUUUAAUAACAUAUUAGAUUUAAAUGAUUAAUACAAAAAUGAUGAAAAAUCUAAUUAUAACAAAGAUGCAUUAAAAAUGUAAGAUAGAAAUAUUUUAUAACUAAAUUAUUUCAACAAAACAAAAUAAAAGGGAGCAAAAUCUUUUACUAAUUUAGACCGUUCUUAAACAAAUAGAGAAUAAAAACAAGAUCAAACAAAAUAGUUAGAAAUUAGCUUAUUCAAUAAUAAACAACAAUAGAUAGAUUUAUUUAAUGAAAGUCACCUGGUUAAUGAUUAUGAUCAAUUUACGAAUAAUAGAUUUGUAACCUUCGAAAGCGAAGCUCAAUAAAAAAACGGUCCCUGCAGUUUAUAGGAUUUGGAAAACUAAAAUAUUAGGUAGUUUUUAGCUGGUACUUAGCAAUAUUCUUACAUAAAAUCGAAGUAAGAUAUUGAAAAAAUAAAUUUAGAUUGCUCUUAAUUAUCAGAAAUAAAAUACACAACCAACCUAGGAGAAGAAAGUCCUCAAGAAUUAGAUUAAAAGAUCAGUAAAUACAAUAAAAUUCUUGAUGCCCGCAAUAAUUAUUAAAUGAAUAGCUACUCUAAUUUUAAUAUUUAUGAAGAUUUGUAGAAGGAAUAAAAAACAAGCAUAAAUAGCAAAACUUAAAAUAGCUUAGAUAUCAAAAAUAAAUAAACUGAUGAUGAAUUGAGCUUUUCUUAGAUCUAAAGAAAUUUAAGUCCUCAAUUUUAUUAGACAUCUCCAUAAAUAAAAAAUAAUCUAAACGGGAACGAGCUGUACGAUCCAUAGUCUAACUUAAAUUUGACAGAUAUAAAAUCUAAUAUUAAUUUAAUAGAUCAAAAUGAUUAAUCAAACUUAAAUCUGACAGGUGUUAAAUCAAAUUUAAAUUAAAUAGAACAAAAUGUAAAUAAAUCAGGGAUAAAAGCUUCAAAAAUAAUCCAUAAUUAAAAUAUAAAAAAAUAACCUGAAUCCCAAUUAGAUAUAAGCUAGGAAGAAUUAAAAAAAACAAAUUAUUUAAUUCAUGAUGAUAAUUCUUUUGAUUUCAAUCUCUAUCAAAAAAAUUAAAGAAGAUAAACUUUUAAGUAAAAACCAGAUGCAAUUGAAUAGAAUUAAAUUUAGUCAAGAUAAGCUCAAACAGAAGAAGUUUCAUAAAAAAAAAUAAUUGAUAUUUCUAUUUAAAGCAAAUAAAAGUUUUAAUUGAUAAGAAGCAAAACCUAAUUCAUUGAAAACAAUAGUGAUUAAAAUAAUUAAAAAAACUUAAUAAACAAAUAUCACACAUAAUAUUUUUCAAAAAGUAUUGAGAGAUAAAAAAGAAUUUUUUAAAAUUAAGAUAAUUAGCAAUAAAUUUAACCAGAUUAAUUUUUUCAUUAAGGAGUAAGAAAAGGUAUUUCAUCUUUUUUUUGUUAAAAUAAUGAAUUAAAUUAGAAAUACAAAAAAAUUCACUAAAAAUCUAAAAAAUAUAUUGAAAAAGAUUAAGAUACAUCUGAUGUAAGACGUUCUUUGAGAAAAAAAUAUAUCAUUUACAUUACAGAUGAGUAAAAUAUUUGCCAAAUAAACUUCAUGUUUAAAAGCAUGGUUAAAGAAUUGCAAGAACUCUAAAUAGAACUCCUUGUUUUAAAGCUAAAUCAACAGGAGUCUAUAUAGGAAUAUCACACAUAAUAAAACUAAUUUGUAGAAGGAUAAAUUGCUGUUAGGUAUUUUUAUGAUUAAAAUAAGCUUGCUGAGUAUAUUUUUAAUUAGAGAGAGACUUAAAGAUAUAGAAAUUUCCCACUAAUGUAUGAACAUUACUCUAAUAACUUUUGGCUUGUAAAUUUGGGAUGA